AUGAACUUGAGUCCUCCAGCCUGCGCUGCUAUGAUGAUUUGCGAAAUUCAUAAUGUCCCUGUUGAGAUGAUUGAUGUUGAUCUUAUGAAACGUGAGCACUACACACCGGAAUUUUUAAAGUACGCAGCAAUAAUAGAAGGAGUACGAAAACCAUCUGAAAAAAUGCUGAAAGAAGUGGAAGAAGCAUAUGGUUAUCUUGAGGCAUUUCUCAGUAACUUAAAAUUUGUGGCUGGAGAUAGGAUGACUCUUGCAGAUAUAGCCAUUGUUGCGACCGUAUCAGGCCUGCGGCAUAUAAUUGCCAUUGAUCCAAAACAGUAA